UGUGAGGAGGGUCUGGCUGUGACGGCGAGCGCCGGGAGGGCGAGUGCGGCCGCUGUGAGCGGGGCCCGCGGGCGUCGCCGCCGCCGCCAUUAUUGUGGGGGGCAAAGCGGCGCAGGCGCACAAGCGACAUGCCCAAGUCAUGUGCUGCCUACAACUGCACCAACAGACAGAGCAAGAACAGGGGCCUGACCUUCCACAGAUUUCCCUUCAAACCCGACCUCUUUGAAGAAUGGGUGAACAAUGUAGGGAGGGCAGAAUUCCAACCGACCCAGCACACGGUAAUCUGCUCCGAGCACUUCAAACUGGAGUGUUUCAACACGUGGGGCAACCGGAAAAAUUUGAAGCACAAUGCAGUGCCCACAAUCUUUCACUACCCAGAUACCAUGAAGGUACAGAGUUGA